AUGGGUCAGGUCAGGUCAGGUUUUUGUGCGACUCGACUCAACUUGGUUUUUAUAGGUCAGAUUGCAAUAGGGAUAGCUCGAGGACUUGAGUACUUGCAUGCUGGAUGCAACACUAGGAUUCUGCAUUUUGACAUUAAACCACAUAAUAUCCUUCUGGAUGAAACUUAUAGCCCAAAGAUAUCAGAUUUCGGGCUUGCUAAGCUCAGCACAAGGGAUAAUAGCAUUGUUUCAAUGUCAAAUGCUAGAGGGGCAGCUGGCUAUGGAAUGAUGCUGCUAGAAAUGCUAGAGGGACAGUUGGGUAUUUUGAAAGGAUUUUGGUAUAACAUGGAAAAUGGUGGACCUGCACCGGAGGGAAUUACUAACAAGAUGUAUGAGUACACAACAACAAUUAAGGAGUACUUGAUUGCUGAAGAUCUGCCUGAUGUGGAUAUCUCCAGGGCAGGUGUUGCAAACUGUACAGGCCCUGAAGGACCAUUUUGA